AUGUUUCAGUGUCCUUUGUGCUGCAAAAAUGGGUUCAGUACUCAUGAAGCUGUCACACGCCACAUGAGCCAGCCUAGAUCCGGGUGCAGUACCUGGAUUGAAGAUGUCAUCUGCCUGAAAACAAUUAUUCAGCCCUCAGAAGAUGAUCCCAUCAAUGUCAACCAGGAGUCCUUUGUUCAUGAUGACUACUACUCAGCUUCUUAUGAUGACACUAACAUUCAGGCUGCUGGGGGACUAUUUGAAGAAGAACAUGUCCCAGCCUCCCAUAACAAAUUUCUCAAUCUCUUCCUGGGCUCAGCAGAAGUGUAUGGAGGAGGAUAUAUGUUUCUUGGCCUGAGCAUGGGUAAAAUUGACUCAUUUUUAUCGCUAGAGAUGAUCAAGGCCCUCUCCUUGUCAUUCCACUCUGCUAAGGAGUUACAAGGUGAUGAUGCAUGGAAUAUGCAGUCAGUGCUGCCUGAUGGUGCUACUCUCCUCGGAAUUAUGUUGUCCUCUGAUAAGACCACCAUUUCAGCUCUGACUGGUGAUAGAGUUGUGCACCCUCUCAUAAUCAGUCUAGUGAAAAUAUCUAUGAACACUUGUACCAAAAUCUCAUCUGACUCCUUUCUCCUUACUGCUCUACUGCUGGUGCCUAAAUUCAUUCACAAGAAGAAAUGCAUGUGGGGUGUAUUGGAGGACCGCCUCAUACACCAGUGCUUAGACAUCAUUCUUGAACUACUUAAGAGAGCCACUUGUGUUGGAGUCAUGAUGUUGGAUCCCAUGGGUAAUAGCCAGCACUGCUAUACAGGACUUAAAUUUCGAUUGAAUGGAGUUGCUAAGCCAUUUUGGUGCAAUUGGAUUCUGGCCAAACCAUCCCAUUUCUUCACUCCUGAACUCCUGCACCACAUACACUGGGAGUUUUGGGAUCACAAUGCAAAAUGGCUCAUUAAUGCUCUUGGGGAAUCUGAGAUUGAUUUUUGCUUUUCCAUCCUAUCUCACAUUACUGGGUUGCAACAUUUCCAUGGAGGUAUUUUGAAGUUAAAACAAGUCACUGGCCAGUGUCAACACAACAUCCAAUGCUAUAUCAUUGCAGUCUGUGCUAAUGCUGCACCUCAAGGCAUCCUUACUGCCAUACAUACUUUCAUGGACUUCUACCUUGAGUGUAUUUCUGCUGCACUAAAUGAAUUUCAUGCCCACAAAGACACCAUCAUCACUGCCAGUCUUUGUCAUGGGGAGGGUAAAAAGGUCAUCACCAACUGGCAUAUCCCCAAACUCGAGUUCAUGCAGAGCAUUGUCCUGAGCAUCCACAAUACUGGUGUCCCCAUGCAAUGGACUGCGGACACAACAGAACAUGCUCAUAUCACUGUUGUUAAAGUUCCAGCUCAGUCGAGCAACAAUAAUAAUUAUGAGCUGCAAAUCUGCUGUCAUCUUGAUUUUGAUGAGGGAUAUGAGGGCGACGAGGGUGAUGAGGGUGAUGCCAAUGAAGAUAUACCAGUGGACCUCUUAUCCACUGUUGCUUUCCCUGGUCACUCAUGGCCAAUCAUGAAUUGUUUCAUGGUUGCAAACAGUUUAUGCCACAAGGAUGUUGGCACUGUCCCUCAACCAUUACACAUGUUCACUGUUGGAUGGACAGCAUUCCAUCUUGCUUACAGUCCAUCAAUCAGAAGUAUCACUGUUGAUGAGGCAGCUACUUAUGACCUGCCAUCGCUGAUUUUCUCUACCACCAUGGUAUUCAUGGGCAACAUCAUGUCCAUCCACGUUAUACAACCUGCACAAACCCUCAAUUGCACACCCCCUUGUGAUGCAUGGCCCUGGGGCUGCUUUGAUACUGUUCUCAUUAAUACCUGUGCUGGUUUCUCAUGGCCUGCCAGUGGGUUUCAAGGUCAUAGCAUGGUUCAAAUCAGGCUCAUUAUGAGGCUUCUCACAGGGAAUGCAUUGCAAGACUGCUUCCUCACAUACAUUCAUUGCUUUGAUUCUGUCACACUGUUGGGAUCUGAUGAUCGUGACCUGACUACACAGCUACAUGUCUUCAAGAGGGCUAAGAGGUCAAAUGGAACUUGCUGUGGCAAUUCUUUGUUAGUUACAUCCUUCAUCAUGGCCAUAGUAGCUCAAACUGUCAUGCCCACGAUAAAACUGGGAUCGUUUCCUGUCAUGCCCCAUUCACAUAACAUUACAACUAUGAACAAGCUCACCAGCAAAGAGCUUGAUCAUCUGGUCACUCAUGAAGAUCCAAAAGGAAUCAGGCUGGACAAUGUUCCCCUUGCAAGUGAGCUGAAGAUUAAGUUAGGAAAGCUGCAGUGUAGCAAAGCAGCAAAGGUUUGCUUUCAAAACUUCAAAGACAAUGACAUGGUGCCCUUGUAUGAUAUCAAUUUGAAAUGCUGGAAUUGGGACUUCCCUUCAUCAGGGAUCACUCCAGUAGUGCAUAUGCAGAUUUUCACAGAUAAAUUUGCAACCCAUGCAGUUCCAACUCAAGAUAUUCAACAGAAGCCUGACUUAGUUCUAUCCAACCAUGUCGUCCAGCUGGGCUGGAACAAUUUCAUGCCUGCUGCACAUGUUGGCAGUUCCAUGGACACCAAAGCUUACCUGUUGUUUCAUGGACAGCCAUGGUGCCCUUUUGUACUGCUAUUGUCCUUUUGUAAUCAAUACCAUGACCUUCGCAUCCAUCUGUACAACCAUUCUGGGGGGCUGGUGUCCCCUGUGUUCAACAUCAACAACAAUCCAGAUAUAUAUUUGCAAAUACUCACUGGGAUUGUGUUUGGAGGUCCCCAGUGUCUUGGUUAUGAUUGUACCAUUGUAUUUUAUGUCACCCCUUCCAAAUCUACCAGCACUUCCCAUUGCACUGCCACGUCACACCAGGCCAUCAUGCAUGACAUUUCCAAAGACAUCAGCUCACUUGCACCUGGUAUCACCAAAGAAAGUCACCCAUCCAGUAGCUCAAAUGAUUCUGUUGCUGCCAGUGGAGGCAGCAAUUUUUCCAAAGAAGUGACACAUUAUGAUCCUCCCACUGACAUGUCACAUGAGGGCACUCUGGUGGAAUUUUUUGAAGAUGGCCCAUUUUCUCUUUAUGCCCCAUUUGCCUCUACUACAGGGGUACUUCAGCCAGAAAUUGUUCCAGAGCCAAAUGAGAACAUCCCAACAGCACUCUUCCCCCCUCCCCCCUCCAACAAGGACCCCAUCAGUCUUAUGGGCAGGGGAACUGUUUGUUAUUUGGUCAAGUUGGGGGGUGAGGAAUUCAUUAUCAAAGACCAUUGGGUGCAAGGACAGGAUGACAUGGACAUCCUGAAUGAGGUGGGAAUGCUGAAGUGGAUGCAAGGUGUCCCUGGCAUCCCUCACCUUGAAGACUAUUGGAUUGUUGAGAGGGAGAAGGGAGUUCCAGAUACAACAGGUGACUUUCGCUUCAAGCAUAUCCAGAGCAUAUCCCACGCAUUUCAUGCACAUGUUCACCUUGUUCUCAAACCAUGUGCCCAUCCAUUACAUCAGUUCCAAACUAAGAAAGAGCAGCUGACAGCCUUAUGUGAUAUCAUUUGCAUCAUACCUGCAGCAUCUGAUUGUGGUGUUGUGCAUUGUGAUUGCAGCCUUCACAAUGCAAUGAUUGAAGAUCUCCCUGGAGGCAUACAGGGUUGUUUGAUCAAUUGGGAGUUUGCAAUCAAUGUCUCUAAUACUCACUGCGACAAUAAUACCCAUAGCAUCCUCACCAGGGGUGGUACGGGCACAGUUCCAUUCAUGUCUUGCAAACUCCUUAGUCAAUUGGUCCAAGCUGAUCUUGCCCAUUUGACUCAGCCCAUUUCUCAUAAGACAUCAUCUACCAGUGCUCCUCCCCAACCACUUGCAACAAUAGUGCAAAACUAUUCCGAUGAUCUUGAAUCCAUUCUAUGGAUAUUCCUCUGGGUUCUCCUCAAUUAUUUGGGCCCUCUCAGGAUGGAGUGGAAUCAAGCUGGGUUGAUGACGGAAGGCUGGAAUGACCCAAACACCACACUGUGUGUUGGGUCCAAAUAUGUCCUUUACCACUCAGGGAAGGCAGCAUUCCUUCAUCAAAUUGACCCCUACUUCAUGGACCUUACCCAGCUCACAGAUGAUUGGUUGGAACUGAUGAGGCACAAUGAUGAGCAUCUGGUAGCCUUCAAUGCAGUGCUGGAGCUCCUGGACUCUUUUCUGUCUAAUUACAAGACAGAGGAGUUCUCUCCAGAGCGGUAUUUCUUGUCACAAGAGUUGAAGAUUCCUCUGGGGGAAAAUACUGUGAGGUGCAAGAGAGUUAUCCCAGAGUCCAAGGGGACUUAUUUUACACAGAAGCAGGCAAAGGCUGUUGUUUAA